AACGCUCUCUUUUGACACCUAAGCUGUGAAAUCAUUCUAUUUCAUUGACGACCUGAUAAUUCACACUAAAAUAUAUAAAAUCUUGUCAAGUUUCUCACUCAACCUUUCUUUUUCUUUUCUCAUUCGAUCGAUCUUCCUAUCUUUCUAUCCACCUUCGUCAAUUCAGAGAAUCGAUAUUUAUAAAUUUCUCAUGGAGGGCCAGCACCACCCUUACACAAGUGUAAAUAUAGAUACAGGCGGCGGAGGUGGGGGUGGAGCCGAUAGGUUUCCUCAAUGGAGUAUUCAAGAAACCAGGGAUUUCUUGAUGAUUCGAGCCGACCUCGAUCCGACGUUCAUGGAGACCAAACGUAAUAAGCUUCUAUGGGAAGUCAUCUCCACCAGAAUGAGAGAAAAGGGUUAUAAUCGAAGCGCUGAGCAGUGCAAGUGCAAGUGGAAAAAUCUCGUCACCCGAUUCAAGGGAUGUGAAACGAUGGAGGCAGAAAGUAUGCGUCAACAGUUUCCGUUUUACAAUGAACUCCAAGCAAUAUUUGGCGCAAGAAUGCAAAGAAUGCUGUGGAUUGAGGCUGAAGGCGGUGGAGCAAGCAGUUCGAAGAAAAAAGCCGCAGCCACUGCGCAGCUAUCUUCAGAUGAGGAUGAAGAUAACGAAGAAAGCGAUGGAGAUCAGAAGGGUGGCAUCAAGAAGAAAAGGAAGAUUAAAAACAAUACAAAUCCCAGUAAUUCGAGCAAUUUGAUAACGAGUAUACGGGAGAUUAUGGAUGAAUUCAUGAAGCAACAGAUGCAAAUGGAGAUGCAGUGGCUGAAAGCAUUUGAAGCAAGAGAAGAAGAGAGAAGAAUAAAAGAAAUGGAAUGGAGACGAACAAUGGAGGCUUUAGAAAAUGAGAGGAUAAUGAUGGAGAGAAGAUGGAGAGAAAGGGAAGAACAGAGGAGACUUAGAGAAGAAGCAAGAGCAGAAAAAAGGGAUGCCCUUAUUACAGCUUUAUUAAAUAAGCUUAGAAGAGAAGACAUGUAGCAUUCUGCUGCUCAUAUUUCUAUGUUUUUACUAGCUUGAGAGGUUUGUCUUCAAACUCUUAUUUUAGAUUAAUUUAAUGCUUUAUUUUUGCUGUGAGAUGGAUUGCUUA